AAUUCGUAUUCGUACUGAUGAAAGCAUAAUCGUAAAUUUUCAUUUCGUAAUUGUAAUUCUUGACGUCGUAACUUUUCAAUUCAUAUUCUGAGGGAUAAAAUACACACAAUAUAUUUUAUGUACGACUGGACUCAUUUGAGAGUUUACAGAUAUUUAUUUUAUGCGCAACUACAGCCAAAUAUGCACGGAUUUCUAUUCUAUGCGCACAAAUAUUUUUGACAGCUUUCUUACUCCAUAGCUUUCGUAUUCCAUAGUAAUACAUGUGCAGUGGAGCCAAGCCCUAAGCGGGACUGGAGAGCGCUCAACAGCUGUCGGAAUUCACUGUUUCUGCAGGCUGUACAUCAGGGCAGUGGGGACGCGGUAUACGCACCGUAACCUGGAGUGGACUAUGAGCGCUUUGUUUAUAAAGAACAACCGACAGGAAAUUUAUACAGAGCGGUGGUACGGAGGACCAGUCACAGCUCUUAUCAUCUGCGUCGCUUCCCCGGCUGUCUGCGGCGUUUUGACGCGUAGUUAGAAACGCGUUGACGCGGACUCUCUGCGUCGUGGCGCAGACGAUUUGACGCUGGACCAUAAAUUGGCCUUAAACCAGAGUGAGUGUCUUACUGCUGGUUCACAUGCAUCCCCAACUCCUAAACGCUACAGUGGAAAGAUGAAGGCUCAAGCCAUUAACCAUCUCCUCAGAGACUUGCAGAUUGGUAUGGACACAUUUCUUGCUGGUUAAGCAUGGACAGACUUUCUACCUGUGACUGAAGUGGGAAGGACAAAGGUUUUUUAUGUCAUCAUCGACCUGGCAGAAUUUAGGCACUUGGUCCUCAGACUCUCACAGACUUUAAACUUAUAUCGCCUUAUAUAUCUGUACCCCCACCAUCAUCCGUCUCAUGGUGUAUUCUGGUGUGAUAUGGCUUUGCACAAACACAGGGACUCGCACAGAAUGGCAAUGAGGCCAGUGCCCUGGGACUCCGCAGCUGUCGGACUGAUAAGAGGAAGAGAUCAUAAGCAUUCACAAAUGGACCUGGGAUGUCCCAAAAGGCUGCGGUGAAAGGGUAGCACAUGUGAGCGACGCGCCUAAAGAGAGAGAAAGAGGGGGGAUGCUGGAGAAGCCAAGAAACUGUCCUCCAAUCAGGCGACAGCGGCACUGCUUGUCUGAUUUACGACUGACCUAGGACACCGCACUGCACAAGACUCUACAGCUGUGAGCACCUGGAUGGAAAUAACAACUAUAUGCUCCCAAUUCCUGUUUUAAGGAAUACCAUGCAUUUCUGGACUCAUUUAUUUGACUGAAGAAGGACUAUUUUUGAUUUGGGAUUUUCUUUUAAUUCAGAGGAUAUAAAUUAGAUUUUUUUGUCUUGAAAGUAAAGUUAUGCACAUGCAAGGAUUGUUCAAGCUAUCAGUCUACAAGAAUGAGGGACUUUUAGUGUCAGUUCACUCUGGUACUGCUUUCAGCUCAGUUUAGUCCUGAUGUAGACUUGGUUUGGUUCUGUCCUAGUCCUUGUUUAGUCCUGGUUUAAUCCAGGUUUAGUUCUUGGUUUGGUCACAGUUUUAAUAUGGUGUGUGCGCAAGUGUGAUUCAUAGAUAGCUUCCUUGUUUUGAUUCACUCUUGGGAUUACAGGUGUCUUGAAUGAGGAUUAGCCAGAUUUAAAACCUUGUAGAGAGGAGAAUGGGAGAAGGACCUUUUAGCUGAGUGUCGCUGGAGGCUUGUAUAGAUAAAGGUUUAGCCUGGAUGAGUGGGCAGACAUUGGAGAGGGCAUUGUAGACAUGCCGGGGAGAUUGCCUUUUGAGAUGGGCUACCCUUUAGGGGAUGGAGCAAGCAAAAUGAAGUGUCAAAAUACAGUCGAAAUGUGAUGCGCUGACGAAUGGUGUCCUCAAGCACAAAAUCCAAUUGAUCUCUGACAUGACAUAUUGAUUUUAAGAUUGUGCCAAAUCUUAAGCCUUCACUAAUUCAAUUACAAUCCAGCCUGGAGCAGUGUAUGCACUUCAGGAACACGCUACUUGUCAUAGCAGCUGACACCUCAUGGGUUUGUUAUCGUCACUCCUGUCUGCUACAACUUCCCCGCUCGGCUACAGAGUGUCUGGCAGCUUUCAUUCAAAAUAUUGCAUUACUGGCAGUAUCGGAAAUGCCUGUGUAUGUUUAUGUCAUGUUUGCUGACAGUGUAAAGUUGUAGCGAAUGUGGGGAGGUUAAGAGAUAGAAGGAUUCCCUGUUUUGAUUCAGGUUGCAUUUUGUGUAUUUUUGGGCAGGCAGGUUUAUCUUGGAGGCACAGCAAGUGCUUAAACUUUGCAGCCUUGCACCACCAUAGCAGGCAUGUUAUGGAAAUUAUGUGGACAAGUGUUUAAAUCAUGAUGAGAAAGCAAAAUAGGUAUAAGUAUACGUGUAUGUAUUAUGACAGGUUUUAUUGAUCGAGCACAUAGUUAGUUUGAAGGGAAUUUUGGUUUUGUGCAAAAUAGCUUCGAGUGAAUAAAAUUGGAUCAAAUGUAGGCGGUUUUGUUGAAAGAGUGAAGAAACAUACACCAACCUGUGACUUUUUUUUUUUUCUGAAAAGCACAGAUUUUUAAUGCCACAAGCACAAACCACAAGGACAGCACAAAUAAAGAAAGCCAAGGAAAAUCAUCUCUUACGAUCAGAAUAAAAAACAUGUUUGCGUGGGACUUGUUGUAGAAGUUUGCUCUGGAUUUAAAAAAAAAAAUAGAAGAUUGGAAGAUGUGGAGGAUUUGAGGAGGAGUGGUGAGACACACUGAACCAUUUGAGGGUGGGGCUGCACUGCCACAGACAAAGACCCAGAAAGAGAGAGAGCAGAGGAGAGAGGAGAGCCUGGUCCAGCAUCAUGGGGUGCAACAUGUGUGUCGUCCAAAAACCGGAGGAGCAGUACCGGUUCAUGUUCCAGGUGCGUGGUAAGGAGCUGUCCCGUCUGUCCAGAGACCCCACCCUGGAGCUGAGGGAUCCUACUCUGGCCCACAUCCUGAGGAGGGGCCCUCGCAGACGGGCCGGUCUGGCACCUUCCCCCAGGGUCCUGGGCCCGGUGACCAUGGGUAUGGCUGAUUGUGUGGACAGCUGUACCCAAACAGACAUCAGCUUCCAGCACAUGAUGACUCUGGGGCGGGGCCAGCAUCCCUGUGGAGCUCCGCCCCCUCCUCACCCUCCCCCGUCUCCACCCCUCCCACCUCUCCUGGACCCCUAUCUGCUCAAUGACCUAUUUGAACCAGAAUACUAUGACCCUGCGGACUACCUCGACAUCACUCAACAUGAAGUGGACCGGCAGGAUGACCUGGAAUAUGAGGAGGUAGAGUUGUAUAAAUCACGACAACAGGACAAGCUUGGCCUGACUGUUUGUUACAGAACAGAUGAGGAGGAGGACCUGGGCAUUUAUGUGGGAGAGGUUAACCCCAACAGUAUUGCUGCAAUGGAUGGACGCAUUCGCAAAGGAGAUAGAAUACUACAGAUAAAUGGAGUGGACAUCCAGGAUCGUGAGGAGGCCGUGGCUAUUCUCACCAGAGAGGACAGCACCAAUAUCUCCCUGCUCCUUGCUCGUCCCGAGAUAGAGAAUGGUAAUCAGUUGGAUCAAGAGGAGCAAGACCUGGAACCUCUGGACAAUACCGCUCAUUUAUCUGGAGACCAGAAUGUCAGAAACAGUAACGCCGAACAGUACACUGGAGAGGGGGGCUCAGCAGGGGGCACCAUGAUGGGGGGACACUCCAGAAACAGAGAUUCUCCUGUUCUGAUUCAGACGGUGCUUAGUAACAGUCAGGAGCUGGACAGUGGGGUGGGGCGCACAGACGAGAGCACCCGAUACGAGGAGUCCUCCGAACAUGACUUGUUAGGGGAUGACCACACGAGUGCCCCCAACACCAACGCUACCAACACUCCAGGAAGUAUGCGCAAGUUCUUCACCCACCGAGCAGACACACCCCCUCUGCUGCACUCACAGGAGCUGCAGUUCAGCACAGACUCACUGUUGGGGCUGGAAGGGGUCAGUGGGGGGUGGGGGGAGCAGGUGGACAGGGGCUAUGGGGCAGACGCCAUGAUGAGGACCAUGAUGAUGCCGGGACUGACGGAGGAGGAGUGUGAGAGGUACAAGGAGCUGCUGGAGAUCAAGUGUUACUAUGAGAAGAACUGUAACGGGGAGGGCGACACCGAGGAGGGUGGCGUGCCUCUAGACGUCAACAGAAACGAAAGCCUCUCGCAGCAUGAACUGGCUCUGCUUGAGGAGGAGUUACGCCACCUAGAGUUCAAAUGCCGCAACAUCCUCAGGGCACAGAAGAUGCAGCAACUGAGGGAGCGUUGCAUGAAGGCCUGGCCCCUGGAGGAUAAGACCCCAGGGCUGGGGGCCGGGCUGGGGAGCGGACUGGGGGCCGGGCGUCUGGACACUAGUGCGACUCUGUCUGACAUCAAUGAGAUCCCAGAGAGGGACCGCUCCGACAAAGACAGUACAAGUGCCUACAACACUGGAGGAGAGAGCUGCCGAAGCACCCCUCUGGUCAGUGAGCAGUACCCUGCUAACUCCACCCAGAGCCUGCAGGGGGGUGGAGAGGCUCCUGUGUCACCUGGAGCUCAGCUGCCCCCCCUCACCUGGCAAAGAGCAGACCAAGAGAAUAAUCUGUACUCCCCACAGUUUCACAGACGAGGAGCAGAGGCUAAACCCUCCAGCCCCGCAUUCAAAGUCCGCUCUCUGUCCAGAGAUGGUUCCAGGAGAGGGUCUGAUGGAGCAGUAAAGCGCUCAAUAAAAACCAAUGGCUCCUUUGAGAGGACAGGUGGGCACAGUGCAGAGAACAGCCCCUACCUGUCCCGCAGACACACAGAGGCCCUGCCUCCUCAGCGCUUCCUGAGCUGCAUGCAGCUCAGAUCUCCACCCCCCUCACCUCAGCUGGGUCUGUCUAGAGAGGGGAGCGUGGGCAGUGGUGAGGCUAGCCCCAUGAGCCUGGGCAGCACCUGUAAGGACAUGCCCCUGACAGUGGGCUCUCUGCCCUUACCCCUGUCCCCCCGCAUGGAGUGGAAGGUGAAGAUCCGCAGUGAUGGCACAAGGUAUGUGGCCAAGAGGCCUGUGAGGGACCGUCUGCUGAAGGCUCGGGCCAUGAAGAUCAGUGAGGAGCGCAGCGGUAUGACAACUGAUGAUGAUGCUGUGAGUGAGAUGAAGAUGGGGCGCUACUGGAGCAAAGAGGAGCGCAAACGCCACCUGCUGAAGGCACGAGAGCAACGCAGGCGCAGGGAAUUCAUGAUGCAGAGCCGCCUAGAGUGUCUGAGGGAGCGUGAGAGAGAGCAAAGCACUGGACAAGAGGGGGCGCCACCUCCACAGCUGCCCUCAUCUAUCCUGGAGCUCUGCCAUCGCAGAAGCACGAAGAAACGCAGCCGCAGGAUCCUGGACAAUUGGAUCACCAUCCAGGAGCUGCUGGCUCAUGGGACACGGUCUGCAGAUGGGACAAAGGUCUACAACCCUCUGCUGUCGGUCACCACAGUGUAGUCUCAGACACACACCACCAGCAAAAGAACUAUAACAGUUUGAGACGAAACAGUCCAAAUUAAGCCAUCACAGCACAAGAGCUGCUCUCCUUUACAAUCAGAGUUUAUCACUGAACUGUGAAGUGCUCCCCCUGCUCAAAGGCACAAAAUUAUGCAUUUAAAGUAGCGUUUGGAUUAUGGUCCUUUUUGUUUUGUUGGCACACACUGUAAAUGAAGCUGCUUAAGGUUGAUGUUUUAGAUGCACUGACCCAUUAGACAUUAUUACUAUUGCACAUCUUACAAUGCUUAAUGCAAAGAAACUAAGACGAUGGGCUUAAUGCUUAUAUAAACCCAUAGUCACUGCAUUUUUAUAGUCAAUCAGCGCAGUGUGGUUACUGCCACAUGGACAACAUAAAACAUUCUUUAAUUUAUUGUUAUAUUCUUAAAAUAUAUUUAAAAUAUCAAAAAAUCUGCUAUACAUAAUAAUAGAAGAGUAGUAGAAAAAUAUGUUACAAAAAAAGCAGCUUUAUCUGUAUUUGAAGGGGAAGCACUGUUAAGGAAAAAUGCCAAUGAAGGAGUGCCACCUGCUGGAAAAUCAUAAACAGGACACAAACAUUGAGCACAAUACUUAAGAGCCAAUAAAGCAACUGUGAAGCAAUUCCUGUGCCAUGAGUGCAACAUCAGUUCAUGUCACUAACAAUGUGCCAAUUGACACAGAAUAUUUUUUGUAAGUUUCUAGAAAGCACAACUCACAUAGUACUUACUAGAAUAAGAUGGGCCAAAUACAAUACAAAACUUAGCAAAGCACAGAUAUUAUGGCUAUCAAAAUGAUAAUGCAUUAGUCUUUUCCAAAUGAACAAAGGCACAGUUGUAUUUUUAUGCAUCAUUCAUUUACACCUCACUUGCUCCUGGUAAUUUACUUCUGUAGACACAGCUGUCUUGGGACAGACCGACAGAAGUGAAGCUGCCAAUCUGCACCAUCAACCUCUCUGACCACUUCCACCGUCACCACAUUCAGUUUAAGCAAGAUGGUGAGGUAUCUUGCCAAAGGGUAACAAUGGUACAUUGCUGCCCCAUUAUGGCACCUGGUAUUGCCAGUGGUGUCCCAGCAUACCAGUUUCUUUCUCUAUGCUUUUUUUGUCUAUACCAUCUGAGACAAAUGUAUGCUGUUAGCUAAGACUGAACAUAAUCCAUUUGAGAACAUGGCUAAGGCAGUUCUGAGUUUUCUGCAUGUUUGAUGUAGAGCCAAAUGCUUUUUACAUGGUUGUUAAUGUGGAUGUGACUUUAUAAAUGCUUCUAACUGUAGCAUAGAACAAUGUAAUGUACUUGCUGAAUGUUGUGGUGUCCAGUG